CCCACCACCAUCAUCAACGCGCGCCAAUUCGAAAAUCUGUUUCCUACCCUCCCUGGAUGUACAAGACACUGCGGAGUACACUACUCACACAGCUGAACAACGUAGAAAAACUAGUAAUUACUGAUCAGGGAGAGCCCAUCAGAUUUUUGGCGUUUCACCGCUACAAUGGACUACUCCGAAGUCCAAGCCAAGGUCAACCAGCUAGAUGCCGAAAUCAACGCAUACACAACCGAAAUCGCCAAAUUAGAAGAAUUGCGCGCAGCCUGCCGCGCAGAGAAGGACCGGAUCCUCCGCAGUACUGCAAGCAAACCUACCGUGAAAGGGAAGGAACGACAAACAGGUGGCAUCGACUACGACAGCGACGACUUUCCCUGGAUGAGCGCGUUGCGUGCGAAGAUGAAGGAGGUCUUCGGCAUCAGGGAAUUUCGGCUGGCGCAGAAGAAGGCCAUAAACGCUAGCAUGGACGGACGGGACAUCGUGCUCGUGAUGCCCACGGGCGGCGGAAAAUCCUUGACAUACCAACUACCGGCUUUAAUGACUCCAGGAUGCACCCUGGUCAUCUCUCCUCUCGUAGCCCUCAUUUCGGACCAAAUUCUGCACCUCGAGGAAGCUGGCGUGCGCGCCGUGAAGAUAACCGCGGCCACACCGAAAGAGCAGUCUCGUGAGAUAACACAGCAGUUGACAGCCAUGGCCAACCGGAGCCUACCGAGGGGAACGCCAGAGAUCAAGCUUUGUUAUGUAACACCAGAACGCAUUGCCAAGAGCAAGACUUUCUUGAGCUUACUCCAGAGACUGGCGAAGGGUGCCAUGUUAGCUCGCAUCGUCAUCGACGAGGCACACUGUGUCUCGCAAAUGGGGCAUGACUUCAGGCCAGACUACGAGAAGCUGCACGUCCUCCGCUCGUUAUUUCCCAACGUGCCAAUAAUCGCGCUCUCCGCCACAUGCCCGCCCCAAGUCCUGAAGGACCUGACAAAAACACUGCAACUCAAGCCCGUCAUCAACCACACCAAAAACCGCGACGACGGCACGGUCUACUUCUCCUCCCCCCUCUACCGCGCCAACCUGCACUACGCCGUCGUCCCCAAGCCCGCCAGCGCCGACGCGCUCCUCGACCUCAUGAAGGACUUCAUCCUGUCGCACCACCCGGGCGCGAGCGGCAUCAUCUACUGCCGCAGCAAGCAGGAGGCCGAGUCCGUUGCGGAAGGCCUGCGGAAGAAGAGCGAGGGGAGGAUCAGGACGGGCGUCUACCACGCCGACAAACCAGACAACGAAAAGGAGAACCUGCACGUCCAGUGGCGCAGCGGGCGUAUCCAGGUCGUGUGCGCGACGAUCGCAUUUGGCCUCGGCAUCGACAAGGGCGACGUGCGCUUCGUUCUACACCACUCCAUACCCAAAACCCUCGAUGGCUUCUACCAGGAAUCCGGCCGCGCUGGGCGUGACGGCAAAGACUCGGACUGCGUACUCUACUACAAGCCCCAGGACGCCUCCGAGCUCGCCAAAUUCGCCGCCACCGCGAAGGACGGGAUGGAGAAACUGAGGUCGAUGCUAAGCUUCGUCCAAGAUCUCACCACCUGCCGCAAGGUCCAGUUCGCCCGCUACUUUUCUCACAGCGCCCAAGUCUCCGAGUCCUCCUGGUCGACCGAGGAAGCGGACGUCAACGACCCCUGCGGCAGCUGCGACAACUGCACGCGAGAUCCGGAGACCUACGAGGAGAAGGAUGUCACGGAGCAGGCCUGGCAGGUCCUGCGCAUCGCCGAGGAAGUCAAGGACCGCGGCGUGAGCAUCACCAUCAAGAAGCUCGCGGAGAUCGCACGCGGGCUCGGCGGGGGCACGGUGUCGAGUGGAACCAAGCGGAAGAAGGGCAAGUCCAGUGGGCCGGAGACAAUCGACAUCGAAGACGUGGCGGGGGGGAAGGUGAAUAUGAAGCAGGAGGACGUCGAAUCCCUCAUCGUGCAGCUCCUCAUUGACAACUACCUCCGCGAGGACUUCCACGCCACCGCAUACGACAUCAUCCUCUACCUCAAGCCCGGCCCGCUCGCUGGCCGCCUCACGCGCCGGCCGAGAGACGACCUGGGCAACGUGCGCAUCCUGCAUAAGUUCAGGGUGGUGAAGCGGAAGAGUAAGAAGGCGGCGGCGGGCUCGUCGGACAAGGCGGCAGCAGGCUCGGCGGAGAAAGAAGGAGGGUCAUCGGAGAAGGUGAAGUCGGGGUCAAGCAAGGGGAAGAAGAAAGCAGCCACCAAGCCCUCUGAAUACGACGAGGACAUGGAUUCGGACGAUGACGUGCAAGAGACACCAGCUCCUCGACGCCCGCGCCGCGCGAUCGCAUUCAGUAAAGCGACUGCAUCCAGUGAAGCGCCGACAUCCAGCAAAGCAGAAGCCAUAGAGAUCGAAGACUCCUCCGACGCAGUAGAAGAAGUCGAUGGGGACGACUCAGACGCCGACUGGGAACACUCAUACAGAGGAGGAGGCUCGCAAAGAAAGCGCCAGCGAAUGAGCCGGGACGAAGAAGCUUUCCUCGACCUCACGUCAGACGGCUGA